AUACUCUCGUUGCAGCGGGCUCGAUCUUUCAUCAAUGGUGCAGACUGCAGACUCGGUUUUUCUCAGUCUUCUCUCUACUUGUACUCUCGUGUGCUUGUGCUUACAUGUGACAGAGUUGGAUUGAAGAGAGAGAUAAUUCAAUUGUAAAAGUAAUUUCUGAUUAAACAAUGGGUAUCGUGCGGUUAGUACAUUCGCUGAAGAGUAUAGAACACAGACAGUUAUGGUUUGUUGCCAAGACUACUUUUGUAGGAAGUAUUGUUUAUUAUACUGUUGAACAAGGUCUGUGGUCAAAGCCUGAAGACAGUGUACACUUGUAUGCUAAAAUCUAUAAUAAUAUAGCACCUUACAUCAAGAACAAUAUACCCAAAGAAGUGUUGAACGAGUUACCACCACUGCCAAGUACCAGUGAUUUAUCCAAUUCAGUCAAGUCAUCAUGGAAUAAGGGAGUUAUUGCAAGCAUGAAAUUUCUGUCUGAGACUCCAACCUAUUUGUCUAAUGGUAUGCAGAAUCUUACAAACUUUGUACAAGAUUACAUAAAAAUGCAAAGUGCAUCUGAGAAAAGUCAGUAGUGAUUUCUAAUUCUAUUUUGUGAAUUUUAGAAUAUACAUAUUGUCAUGAAAUAUCAUUAAACUGUUAUUAGUUCUACUUCUGCUGUUAAUUUAUAUAUCUAUAUACUGUUAAGUAACUUAUAUUAGUUUUUUAAUUAAUUUAUAACAUGUCUAAUAAAUAUUUUACUUAGAAUAAUCAAAUCAUACAAUUUUUGUUUAAAAACGCUAAUUAUUAUCAACAUAUCCAAUUUAAUUCAAAACGUGAUUAAUAUUGAACAUAUAAAACUUACUACUUUUUUUCAUUUUUUAUUUCAUGUAACUUAUUAAAUAAUUAAAACUUUGUGAGCUUUUCUAGAGAUAUGGAUAUUUAUUUCUUUAAACAUGUAGUACAAAUUAUUGCCAGUUAUCAAUUUUGUUCAACAAUUAUAAAACAAAGUAUUUCAAUUAUUUGAAUCUAGAACUAUAUAUAUGAAUUAAAACAGAAAACUGAAAAAUUCUACAAUGUUAAAAACACAAAUGAUUAAAAACAAAGCUUCUAUUACUGGUCCCAAAAAUAGUGAUUGUAUAAUAUAAUCAUGUAUUAUCUUAUAGAACAUUACACUACAAUUAUAUCACAAUAUUGUGUAAUACAUUGUAAUGAUGUAAUUACAGCAAUUUUAUUAUAUCUCAUGUAAAAAAAAGACGUGUGAUACGAGGUAAAGAUAUAUUCGCGAAAGAUCGUUAAAUGCCGAUACAGGAAUCUCGUGGCGUAAAAAAUAAACUUUCUUGUGUUGCUUUUAACAACAAUAUAGUAAUCUCUUAUAAUUAUUAUGAUUAACUUCGUAUAUGAAAUCAAGUUUCUUAAUCCUUCAAUCGAUAGUCAUGCGAGUUCUGCUUGAUUCUUGUCCUCAGAAGAG